AUGCCUCACGCUUAUCCUGGGCCUAAUCCCUUCAACGAUCAUGAACCCGCGCCUAUACCCUCAGGGCAGCCACGGCGACUGGUUCUCUGCUUCGAUGGGACAGGGAAUCAGUACCAGGGUACGGAGGGGGACACCAACAUCGUCAAGAUCUACGAGAUGCUUGAGAGGCACAUCCCAGGACAAUAUGCGUAUUAUCAGCCUGGAAUCGGAACCCUGACAUACGUCAAAGGCUCCUCCUCCCGCUCUGGCGGAUUCAACAGCUGGGCCAGCAUCAAAGCCCGCUUCAGGUCCCUCAUCGACCAGGCCAUAGGCACCUCCUUUAUUGACCACGUUAUAGCCGGAUACAAGUUCAUCAUGCGCUACUAUUCUACUGGAGACCAUAUAUACAUAUUCGGCUUCAGCCGCGGCGCAUACACAGCGCGCUUUCUCGCAGAAAUGAUCCACAACAUUGGACUACUCUCGCGCGGAAACGAGGAAAUGGUCCCCUUCGCUUGGGAAACAUUCGGCCGCUACCAGAACUCGCGCGGAAAUGUGCCCCAGACUAAAGAAGACUAUGAUCUAGCGCGGUACAUGCAAAAGUUCAAGACGACGUUUUGCCGGCCCAACGUCGGCGUGCAUUUCCUUGGGCUCUUCGACUGCGUGAACAGUGUGGGACAAUUUGAGAUUCCUUUCUUUCGUAGAUCAUACCGGUACAUCGCCAGCCCGUCAGCGAAACACAUCCGUCACGCUGUGUCGAUCCACGAGCGUCGGCUAAAAUUCAAACCCGCUCUCUUCCUCCUUAAUCCACGUGAUAGCUCUGGUGUCGAUUUCAAAGAAGUCUGGUUCGCGGGGAACCACGGAGAUGUUGGCGGUGGUUGGCCUCUCCAUCCAGGCCAGAACCAUCUACUCUCCGACAUCUCGCUAAACUGGAUGAUCCAGGAAGUGUUGAAUCUACCCGGUUCCGAAAGCAAACUCUCCUUCGCAACAACCAAUGUCGAAAAGGUGGCUAGAAAUGAUAGCAAAUCUCUGUGUAGGGAUGAGCGUCCUGGAACAGAUGGGUGGCAUAGACAGCAGAAGACGAACAAACCGCAUGACAUGCUCCGGUUUAGACAUGGGGCGAGUGGCAUGUCUGUUAUAUUGUGGUGGAUCUUAGAAAUCCUCCCAGUCGCUAGCCGUCUAGAGCUAGAAAAUGGGAAAUGGGUCCCCCGACGGCUCCCACCCAAUAUGGGUGCAGCCAGAGAUAUUCCGAAUGGAGCACACAUCCACCCAAGUGUGUACGAGAUGCUGGAAUCUGGCAUCUUAAAGGAUUUUCCCAUUCCCAAGCAGGGAGGUGAUAACCCAAAUUUGCCUCCCUUUUUGGUGCCUCAGCAUACUGAUUAG